UUUGUGUAGCCCCGACUCCUCGUGCGCCUUCCCUUAACGCUAACCCUGUUACGCUACAAAACAACCAUGGCUAGGGCAGGAGCGUUCGUUGUAUUCGCGUGCGUAGGCGCAAGCCAAGCGUUCGUGGUCCCGACGGCAACCGUCUCGGGCGCAUCAACCCGACACACGUCGUCUUCAUUGACGAUGGCAGCGGAGAACGCGUACCACAAGAAGGACUUCUGGAUCGCCCCGUCGAUCCUCUCGGCGGACAUGGCAAAGCUGGGCGAGGAGGUGGACAACGCGAUGUCGGCGGGCGCAGACAUCGUUCACUUCGACGUGAUGGACAACCACUACGUGCCUAACCUCACGAUCGGGCCCCUCGUGUGCAAGGGGCUGAGGGACCACGGCGUGACCAACCCCAUCGACGUGCACCUCAUGGUGUCGCCCGUCGACCGCAUCGUCGGCGACUUCGCUGAGGCCGGCGCGUCGUUCAUCACGUUCCACCCCGAGGCGUCGCCCCACGUGGACCGUACCCUGGGACUCAUCAAGUCAUAUGGGUGCAAGGCUGGACUUGUAUUUAACCCUGCGACUCCUCUUGACCACGCCAAGUACGUACUGGACAAGGUCGACAUCAUCCUACUCAUGUCUGUCAACCCUGGCUUCGGCGGGCAGAGCUUCAUCCCCAGCACCCUCGACAAGCUGAGGGAGGCACGCAAGAUGAUCGACGAGUCCGGUUACGACAUCCGCCUUGAGGUGGACGGUGGUUGCGGUGUAGCCAACAUCAAGGAGAUCGCGGAGGCGGGCGCGGACAUGUUUGUCGCGGGGUCGGCUAUCUUCAACAACCCCAGGACGAAGGAAAACUACAAGGAGACUAUCGACAAGAUGCGCUCCGAGCUCGCCGACGCGACCAUCGCGUAGAGGGCAACAUUUGACCGCGACUGAACGACGGCUUCAAGACAAGGGCUUGGCUGACCUACUGCCCCUGUCAGGUCUUGCUUUCACGCUCCACCAGUGUGCUUACGUGCACAAAAAAUUCGGGAGGAAGAUGGCGGCGCGACAUGCAGCAGAAGAACAUCCGGGGGGGCGGAGUCAACUCCUUGGUAGAGAGAGCACCGCAGUAGAAUGCGCAGCAUUGAUUUGUAUCGAUAGAGUUGUUGGGUCUCGGCGAGUUUUUUUUUCAUUCGUUGGGAGGGGGCCGGCAUUCCAAGGCCAGGGUAUCCGUUUUGUUAAGAGCGAGUCUGUUUCUGUCUCGCACGAGUUUUGAGAGGAUAUUCAUAACGUUACAGGCAGACUGCCUGCGCGAGACAAUCCGUAAGCGGAUACGUUUGAGGUCUGGGGUGGUUUGUUGUCACGCUCUUCGAGACGGAAUUGCGAGGAGUUUUCAAAAUGUAUACAUACCAUCACAAACGGGCGAGACAGUCCGCAAGGGUUGUGUUUAAGUAUCUGGACUUUUUGUUUUGCCCUAGUACUCCAGUUAUGCCAGCCGGAAACUAGAAGAGUUUUUCGUGAAAAUAGACGUCGCAUCACAGAAGGGCGCGACGGAACCAGGACCGUUGUUGAAAGGUUUUCGUUGGGGACCGGCCGCCACAUAUACGCGUCUGGUGGUCGCCCCUAGUGUUCCACACUGGUCGUGGACGUAAAUGACAGAACGCAGCGUGGAUCGUGCAACCUAUCCCAUGAGAAAGCAAACGAUCUUCCUGCAGGGAUUCGGACUUGUGGCACACCCAUGAGCCUGACAAUCCUUCACACGAUCGAAAACGCGCUCGCUCUGUUUAGUCGUCGACGUUUAGUAUGCCAUCGCUUCUGUUCUCGAACUCAAUACGGCAACGUCAACCACCAUCGGCAGUAUGUACGCGUAUUCCAGCUCCAGGACCUUCAACCGGCCACAGCAGCCAGGAAUGUCUGUCCCAAAAGAUUUGUAAAGGAGAACGGUAAACUUUCUGCGGU